AAUUUGACAUUUCAGUCGGUGUUUUUCGCCUUCUGUCACUUGCAUUGCAUUGGCAUUUUGUAACACUUUUUUUUAUUAAAAAAUAAAUAAAUUAGAUUUUUCACCGCGAAAUAUGGCUAUUUCAUAUUCCUGUCAAGAUUUUCUCGGCUUCCAAGAAGCUCUAAAGAAAAUGCGAGAUAUUGACGAUAAGAUCAUCUAUACAUUGAACACUUCCCUGCCGACUGAAUCUUUCAAGGGUCAAGUAAAUAGUGAACAAACCUGCAGGGAUUUAUAUGACAAACUGAAGGUGGGUCACAAACAACGUGAAGAGGCCAUACGUGGUUGCAUUAUGGUCUCGGCUGAUACAUUGAAAACAUUGCGGGAACAGCGUGAAGCUAACCCGGAUGAUGUUGAUGUCAAUAAGAAAUUCAAAUCGGAACAAAGAAAGUUGCGCGUUUUACAAUCGGAAUUGAAUGUGGAGGACAUUGUAAAAGAUCGUUCAUACAAGGCAUUCAAUGAACGUUGCCGGGUAUUCUUCAGAGCCGGAGAUGCCGCCUUAUGAUUAUAAUACAUUACUCGGUAUGUGGAAAUUAGCCCCUAGGAAGUCCUCAAAUUGAGGAACAAAAAAUGUAAACAACAAUUUUUUCGCUAUUGAAAUGUUUCAGCAGUUGCCGGCGGCGGCCCCAAAAGUACAAUGUUGGCAUUUUUGAUUAUCUUAUGUAACUAAAGAAUAACAAAAAAAAACUUCUAGAAAUAUAGGUCAAACAUAUGUUAUUGUUAUUUUUUUUUUAAACAACUUUGCUCAGUGCUAUAUAUUCAAGAUUAAAUGAAGGGAUAUUGUCAUUUAUAGAUUUUAAAGAAAUUACGAUAUACACUAAAUAAAAUGUAUAUUCUGAAAUUAUAACUAUCUACAA